CUCUCUCUCUCUCUCUCCCUCUGCGCUGAGAGGAUACUCAUCAUCUUUGCUGAAGCGUCUCACAGCGGAGAAAAGACAUGGCAGCUGCGAACCGUGUCCUUGUUUACGGAGGAAAAGGAGCUCUCGGCACGGCAUGUGUGCAUUAUUUUAGGUCGAAAGGCUGGUGGGUUGCCAGUAUUGACAUAGUAGCGAAUGAAGAAGCGAACGCAAACGUCCUGGUGAAGCUCUGCGAGUCAUUCACUGAUCAAGCCGCUCAGGUGACAUCUGAUGUAGCCACAUUGCUGGGGGAACAAAAGGUUGACGCUAUUGUUUGUGUGGCUGGAGGAUGGGCUGGAGGAAAUUGCAGCUCAAAAGACUUGUAUAAGAACACUGAUAUGAUGUGGAAACAGAGUGUCUGGACCUCCACCAUUUCCAGUCAUCUUGCAUCGCUCCAUCUGAAACCAGGAGGCCUGCUGACUCUCUCUGGAGCAAAGGCCUCACUGGAUGGCACUCCAGGUAUGGUUGGGUAUGGCAUGGCCAAAGCUGCAGUCCAUCAGUUGUGCAAAAGUUUGGCUGGAGAGAACAGCGGUCUUCCAUCUGGAGCUGUAGCUGUGGCCAUUCUUCCGGUUACCUUGGAUACACCAAUGAACAGAAAAUUCAUGCCUGACGCAGAUUUUGGGAGCUGGACACCGCUGGAAUACAUCGCAGAAACCUUCCACAGCUGGGCCACUGGGUCAGGCCGGCCAGCCUCAGGCAGCCUCAUACAGUUGGUGACAACUGGGGGGAAAACGGAGGCCUCGGCGGCCCAGUAAAGGGGGAACAGUGAAAAAGAAAAACACAAAGAGAUAAGGAGUGGAGGAGAGAAAUGUUUACCAAAAUAAUGUGCAGCAGAGGAGAGAGGUCAAACGAAAUGGAUGGGAAAUUGGAAAUAUACCGUACAGUAUCUCGGAAUGACCAAAGUAAUAACCUACAUGUUUAUGUCGAGUCAGUUACAUGUGCUGCACAUGAAAAUACAGCCUAGAUGAUAAGUGUACGUUUGUGACUUCCGUCUUGACAAGUCGUGCCGCUGUCGUAUGUGAAACGUACAGUCUUCUAUUCAGAAAAGUGGCCUUAGUUUGUGUAAUUGUGAGUGUAUGUGAUUACCAUUUCAAAUGCAAUCAUGUAUGGAUGCUGUAUCUUCUCUCAGAGUAUUUCCUCUGCAGUGUGUUGUGUUGCUGCUGAAUGUGUACGGACCAUACUUGCAUAAUAAAGACAAAUAAAAACAA